AGGGUCUUAUCACCACUGGACUCCGAGUUCCGAGAGCAUCGACUCGAGGCCCAGUAGUCGGUCUUCAACAGCCAACUAUUGCGCUCUCCCAGAUUUCGUCAAUUUAGGUUACGUGCACAAUGCGUUUACGAGAAAACAUUCGUUUGAUUGGUUAUGUGGAUUUCCAAAUUUUCGGGAAUAAACUACCAUCAACUCGUCAAGUUUUAAAAGUUUUAUUUUUCAACACACGAGUGUCAGGUUUUGACAUAAAAACAAGUGCAGCAUUAGCCGUACGUGAAACUAUGAUUUUUUGGAAAAAAGCCAGAUUAAAAACGAAGCAAGAUUAUAACUGCGUAACGAAACUGAUGGAUUUACAUCAACAAUGGCAUCUAUUGGGAAAAAAUAUUAAUGCCCCAAGCAAUAAAAAGAGGGAAGAGGAAUUUUGCGGUAAACUAGAUGACCUCUUUGACAUCGCCCAUCAAGAUGUGCUUGCAGGCCUCGACGAUAUAAGAACGGAAUUUCUGCAAAAUCAAAGAAAGCCUGGUCGUAUCGGUUUCAUCUGGGAUAUCCAAAGCACAUAUGAUUUGAUGGAGGCAGCAGAAUUGCGAAAAACAACCGAUGCGUUACAGAAGUUGGAGAGAAUGGAACAGGAAAGAGCAUUAUUUGAUGAGAUCGUGGAGUUGGCAUCGAGUGAUGGGUGAUUGUGGCGACUUUUCACAAGCGUUGUCACAAAAAUCCAUUGGCACACUUUCGAAUUAUUCCACAGAAGACCAUCCUGCAGAUGAUGCUGGUCCAUCGAAUCCGAAAAAAUCUCGAGGCAUUGUAGAUGUGGUGAACGACAAACUCAUCGCGGUUCUUGAUAGGUUCAAGGUUUCUGAUACAUCGGCCGUUCAUUUAAUCGCUUCUGUAGCUCAAUCUCUUGGAUUCGAUUUAAAUACGUUGAUUGUUAAUCGGAGUUCGAUAAAGAGAAAGCGUGAAAAAUUACAUGAAAUGAGGUCCAUGAGAAUAAAAUGCAUGUUCCAAAAUACUGACUUGAGAGCCGCUGUUUUACAUUGGGACGGAAAACUUUUGCCUGAUUAUGAAAGCGGUAAGAAGUUUGAGAGACUACCCGUUUUGAUAACAAACAGUGAUUCUGAGAAGCUGUUAGGUGUCCCAAAACUUGAAAAUGGGAAAGGCAUUACGCAAGCGAACGCCAUUCAUGAUGUUCUCGAUGAGUUGGGUGCUUUGAGUUCGAUAAAAGCUCUUUGUUGUGAUACAACGGCUUCGAACAUGGGUGUCACGAAUGGCGCGGCGGUUUUAUUAGAACAAAUGUUAAAGAAAUCUAUUUUAUACCUGCCAUGUCGACACCAUAUUUUCGAAAUAGUUUUGAAAAGCGUUUUCAAUGCGAAAUUAAAAUCCCUUUCGACUGGACCAGAUGAACCAAUUGUAAAACGUUUUAAAGAUUCCUGGUCGAAAAUUGAUUCAACAGCAUUUCGCAUCGGAAUUGAUGAUAAAAAAGUACAGCGAGCGUUGUAACUGUGGAGAAUAUCAGGAGAAUAAAUUCAUUUGUUGAAUGGGCAUUAGAAACGGAUCAACCUCGAGUGGAUUACAAGGAGCUUUUGAAUUUAACAAAAUUAUUUCUCGGAACCGUCCCAUCGCAAGAAGUCGUUAUACGUUCACCGGGUGCAAUGCAUCAUGCACGUUUCAUGUCCAAAGCUAUUUAUUCUUUGAAAAUAUUUUUGUUCCGAGACAGUUUUGAAAUGACAAAAACUGAAUAUCAGGCGAUCCGAGAUGUAUCGGUUUUUAUCGUAACAAUUUAUCUGGAAGCGUGGUUCACUGCUCCACUCGCAGGAGCAGCUCCAAAUCACGAUCUUCAGUUUUUGAAAAAACUCUAUAAUUAUAAGAGCAUCGAUAGAGAGAUAGCUAAUGCAGCUAUGCAAAAAUUGGUGAAUCACCUUUGGUUUUUGAGCCCUGAAACGGUCGCCUUAUCAUUUUUUGAUGAGAAUUUAUCAUUGGAAGUGAAACGUCGCAUGGUGUCCGAGUUGGGCCCGCUCGACGUAAUCGAAGAAAUUGAUCAAAAUUGCCAGAAGAAAAUUGUAAUAAACGUAAAAGACGUUGGUAGUUUUUGUGACAAAGAGAUGGAUCAUUUUGUAACAUCGCAAACCCAGAAUUUUUUUUUCCGAUUUGAAAUUGCUCAAUCGUUUCUACAAAUUGACCCAUCUCUAUGGUCUGAAAAUGAGAGCUUCCGAGAAGGUUCGGAAAUUGUCAAAAAAUUAAAAGUUGUGAAUGAUGCGGCAGAAAGGGCUGUUAGUCUAUUCACAGAUUUCAAUAAUAUUCUGACGCAGAAUGAAAAACAGAAACAAUACAUUCUGCAAGUCAUUGAGGAACAUAGGAGGAAAUUCCCUGAUUCAAAGAAAAUAACGGUCAUGCAAAAUUUAUGAAUAAAGCAAUCGGUUUAAGGAAGUAUUAUGAUGUUCUUUGCUAUAUCAUUUAGAAAUACAUGCCAGGAUCAAAAUCCUUAAUAUAAUAUGUGAUGACUUUAGCGAUUUUAACUUCUAUAUUUAUAAACUAGAACUUCUAUUCGGACCUUCUAUAAUAAUAAAAAAUGUGUGAAGACUUAACUCAUUUUAACUUCUAUAUUUAGACCUCUGGAAAAUACUUUUAGACUUUUUUUUCUAUUUUCAGCGAUUUCCGAGAAUUUACUAUCUUCGGAAAAAAGAUUCCUUAUUUUUAACCUCUGCCAUUUUAUUCCUCCUAUUUUGAGCUCUCCAAACGACGUUCUUCGAUUUUUUUGCUUUAUUCCGCGUUUUUCGAAACAUACAGAGAAUAAAGAUGUGAUUGAUCUAGUGCAAAAAUGCUUGUAUCGAAUUCCAAAAAAUCCCACAAAAAUGUAAUAUUACUAUCAACAUUUUCUGAGCAUUUACGAUUUUUUAGCUGAUAUAUCGGGCGACGAUAAAAAAAAGAUAUAAAAUUACGAAAAAUCAAUGCUUUUCUUAUGGGAAAAAGUAAAGCUUCUUAGCGGUGGGUAAAUAUGAUGGGAAAAUUUUUUUAAAAUUCUGGCAUUUUUUUUGAAUUAUUUUGAAGCAAUUUAGGGAGUAAGACCAUUAAAAUUCAAUUUUGCCCUUCUUAAGGACAGGUCUAAUGUAGCAUAGUAUAUUAUUAAGAAAUGUUAUAAUGAUUUUAGAACGGUAAAUACUAUUCAAGUUCAUUUUAUCAUGAAAAAGAUUUUGUGCAGAGUUGUUAAUAUGACUCGGUAGUGCAUUGUGAAAAGUUUACGUCUGACAACGUCGGGCGUUCAGGUACCCAUAACAUCAAGUUAUU